GCCUGUUGUUGACGUCUAUCUCCAGCUCUCUGCUCACUGCUGGAGGAACAAAACUCCCCGUCUGUGCGAGACAAACGACGAGAGACACCCCCGCAUAGUUUCCGUCAGCCGGGUGACGUCUCCGCCUCUCAGCUCGUGUGCAGAGUGACGUUGCGGGGCUGUAGUGGAGCCUCUAGCUGCAUCUUGUUGACGGUCCGCCAGGCUUUUCCAGUACUGAGAAGACCCCGCGAGAGUGAGGACGACCGACACAGGCAGGGUUUUCAGGCAGCGGAUAAGAACAUAGAAAACUUCAGUCACCAUCAUGCAUCUGUCUAACUACCAGAAGAUUUGUGUCAUUUGAAAAGACUCAAGAAGGGAAAAAGACUACAAAUACGGGAACUCAGUCAGAAGAAAGAAACAACAAUAACCCAGUGCUUAGACAUGGCCGGCACCCAGACCAGUUUGAAAACCCCUUUUAAAGACUUCACCUCAUUCAAGGGCAACAUGAAACGGCUGUAUAGAGAGCGACUUGAAGACGCGCCCAUUAAGAAGCGAGUCAUGGCGGAGAUCAACCUGAAGCGUCGCAGCUUGGAUUCCCUCCCCAAAACUCCCAAGGUAAAGAGGGAGCAGAUCGAGGAUCUGUGCCACGACUCUGACAUGGAUGUGGAGGGCCGGGCUGAACUGCACAUGGUGAGCUCUGCUAAAGCCCUGGACCUGAGCCCUGGGCUCAAACACACACUGGCCCAGUUUACCCUCAGUAGCCAGAGCUCCCUCGGGGGCCCAGCUGCCUUCUCAGCCCGAACCAGCCAUGAGCAUUCCCCGGCAGGCAUGCCCCCCCUACCCUCCCCUCCUGUUCUGGGAGGGGGCCCUCUGCUGGUUCCCUGUGACAGCUCUACUGAACUCACCCACUCGCUGCUGGAAGGAGAGUCUAUCUCCUGCUUCAUCGUUGGGGGAGAGAAGCGGCUUUGCCUGCCCCAGGUGCUCAACUCCGUGCUCCGCGACUUCUCGCUGCAGCAGAUAAACACUGUGUGCGACGAGCUCUACGUUUACUGCUCGCGUUGCGACGCUGAGCAGCUGCACAUCCUCAAGGUGCUGGGCAUUCUGCCGUUCAACGCACCUUCCUGUGGCCUCAUUACACUGACGGAUGCGCAACGGUUGUGCAACGCUCUGCUGCGUCCUGGGGCAGCCCUGCCUGCCGACCCCAGCGGUAAGCUGUCGACCCAGGGCCUGCUGAAGGAAAGUGAAGCCAGUUUCCAGGUGGAGCACCAGUGUUUGGGGAAGUGCCAGGGUCUCUUUGUGCCACAGUUCUACACCCAGCCUGAGGCGCCCUGCAUCCAGUGCAUUGAGUGCCAGUUGCUCUUUUCACCACAGAAGUUUGUCAUGCAUUCACACAAGUCACCCGAUAAGAGGACCUGCCACUGGGGCUUUGACUCAGCCAAGUGGCCCUGCUACCUGCAGCUUGCCAGGAAGUACCAAGGCAUACCUGAGGAGCCAAAACUCAAGCAGCUCCUCGACGAGGUCAAAGAGAAGUUCCACUACCAGCUCAAGAGGUCGAUAGACAAAAAGGCAGUGGAGGAAGAGGAGAGCCAGGUGAGGAAACCCUCAGCAGAUCUCUGCUCCCCCAGCAGCAAGUUGCCCGAUGCCGACCCGGCAAGAAAGGGGAAAACAUCUCAUCCUACUCUGGUGUUUAACCGUCUUUUCUCUGACAUCAAGGAGGAGCCAGGACACCCCACCCUGGUCCAUCCCAGUUACUACCUGUACACAUAUGAUAAGAUGGUGGCUCCCAACGUGUCUCUGGGCAGGGAGGCGGAGAUGAGCCCCGAGAUGUUUGGAGCGCUGCUCAAACACCACUAUAGCCGCAGAGUGCUGGGCCACGACGAGCCACCCAUGGAUCUUCAUGCAUCGCCUCCUGUUGCUGCUGCCGCUGAGGAGGCCAAAUCCCAACAUGCCGCUGCUGCCUCAGCCACUGAGAGGGAAUGCCAAGCCCAGGCAGUUUCCAUGGAGACAAGCAACCCGAGCUGCAAGAAAGCCGCCCACACCCCUCCUCCUUCCAUUGCUUCGUCGUUGUCGCCGGUGCCGGAAGUGGUGGCUAAGGACACAGGCUCUGCCACGAGCAGCGCUGCAGUAGUGGUGGGGGGGCUGGAGGACGACAAGGACAGGAUUGUUGUGGAGAUCAUGCAGAUGUACAGCAGGCAGCAGGAGAAGCUCAACUCCACCCUGCACAAGCAGCUGCAGCUGGAAAUGGAGCUGGAGGCGGUGCGCGGGGGCGAGGCGGCAAGGCUACGGGAGCUGAGCGCCGAACAGCGGGAGCUGCGUAGUGAGCUGGAGGCGGUGCACAGCGAGCAGGCGCGGCAGCUCAGCCAGGCCCGCCAGGAACAGCUGGAGCUGGAGACGCGUCUGGAGCAGCUCCGACAGCAGGCCUGCGCCUGCGAGCCAGGGACACAACUCCAGCAAGAGGCCCACUACACUGCACAGUUGUCGGAGCUACGUCAGAGGCUGGAGCGGGCUGAGGCGGACCGGCAGGAGCUGCAGGAGGAGCUGCGCAGGGAGCGUGAGGCGCGGGAAAAGCUGGAGCGCACAAUCACCCAGCUCAAGCAGCAGAUGGUCCAGUCUGCCACGGUGGGAGGCAGCCCCUCUCCUCCUCUUACCCCUUCAACUGGACCCCCUAAUGCCCACUCCCCGCACUCCUCCUUCUCAGAGGCCCCAGCGGCUGGCCAAAAGUAACUGCCACCCCCCUCAGGAGCCUCCCUCCUUCCUCUCCCCAUUACCCGCCAACUCUAUUGACACAAACACAUUUCUUUUGCUCCACUCUCCUCUCUUUAAACAAUAUUUAAAGAUUUUUGGGCAUGUAUGUUUGAUUUAAUUUAUAGUUUUUACGGCUGCUUUUAUGGUUGCUUCACAGAUGGGAGUGGCAACCCCCACCCCACCCUCCUCUCCCAUCUUUUCUUGCCCUCUGGAUUCUGGACCUAAUGACUGAGAUUUCAGAUUUUAGCUCAGACACACCGACUCAUCACGGACGUCAUGUCAUGCUACCUAGUAUAGCAGCCAGUGUCCUCGGACACAUAAUGGUGCCUGGUUGCAUGCCCCUUCUCCAUCACUCUGUACGUACAGCCCAAACGCUCCAGCCCAAAACGCCCAGUGACUGCAGGAAACUGCAUGGACAUUUUAAUAUAUUUUAUCUCCUUAUAAAACACAGAAAGAAAAGUAUAACAUGUUAAAAACAUUAAAUCUAUAUGGAGGAGAAAGACCUUUACUGUACAAAAAAAAGACAAUUUUUUGCAGAUGUCAUAAAACCUCAUUAAAAUACGCCAAUAGUGACUCUGAACUUGAAAUUAGUGUUUUUAGUGUGACCCUACAAGGUAGCUAGCUAGCAAAUCGUCUGGCCUGGACCUCAGCUGCUUCUCAUACCGACUAGUUUCACCCUUCACUCUCUGCUGGGCAACACCUAGACUCUCCUGUUGUAGACCAAACAGUCUGUUGGUUGAUCCACCAGCUGCCCUCUGUCUCCCCCCCCCCCCCCCCCCCACACACACACACACACACACACAGACACACACACGCGCACAGACACACACACACACCCCGUCCACCGCUGUAGGCUAGCGCCACCAUUGCUCUCUGUUGGGAAACUCUUUAACACUGUGGUUAUCACCCACUUUAGGCUAGACAGGAAACACUGUGCUCUUUUCUUGGCUUGGCAUAAAGAAGCUCACAAGCGGUGUUCUGCACUUAACGCGCUCUCCUCCCCCAGAAUCCCCUGGGAAAGGAAUGUGUCUGGACACGGGGGCUGGCUGAGCCGGUGUUGCUUUUCUAAGAAAGAAGAAAGGCAGAGUCUCUCACAUGUGCAGUAGCUGUACUGUGUUACCAUAAUACAUGCAACAUCCUUGCAUGCCCACACACACUUGAGUGUGUCAGUGCAGUCCAGGCAUUCAGGCGGAACAAUGGCCCCAGCGUUCCCAGCAGAUGAUCAAAGCUUAAGUCUGUCCCUGUUUUCUGGGCUUCUCUUUUUGUGUCAUUUGACUUCAUUGUUAGUAGACGGUUUUUAUCCACCACCCUGUUUGUCAGAGCGUCAUCUAAGAAUGUGGGUCGCAGGUGAAAGCAGUUAGUCCAGAGUUGUUUGGGCCUCUGGUCCGGCCCCUGCUUCACGUUGUUCUGCCUGGCUGAACAAACAGCACCAAGCAGGAAGAGGAAGAGAGGGGAGGCGAGGAUUGAGGGGAGCGCUCGGGGGCCUGGUGCACUCUCCCCCUGCGGCAGGCUGGGUGGCCCAGACACCAGAGGUACAGAGGGAGCCCUUUUUUGUUCUGUACCGUCAGAAUGGGGGCAGCUGUUGUUGUCUGUGGGAUUCUGCCCACCCUUGGUUGAGACUGUACACUAUCCCGCCAUCUCUCAAUAAACCUCCCCCCCCCUUGUUAUCUCUCACAAAACAACCGUCACUCACUCACUCACUCACUCACACACACAUACCCGUCCAUCCAUCUCCAGUGCCAGAUCGGCUCGGGAUGUGCAGUGUUUUGUAGAUGCCCAGGAGAGCAAGCAGACAUCCAGCCAGAGGAAGAAAGGACUUCCAUUGUCAGUUGCCAGACAAAACUGCUUUUUAUUGCCACUAAGGGGUGAGUGAGUGUGAGUGAGUGCGUGAGUGUGUGUCUGUGUGAGUGUGUGAGUGAAGAAGAUUGGCCUCAGCUAAACCCUGAGCUUUUUUUUAUGCAUCUGCUAUAAAUGCAAUUUGAUAGACAUUCCACUGUGGUCCAUCCUGUUCAAUGCUGAUUUUCUUACACAGCUUCUUUUAACAAUAACAGACCUUAAAGACUGGGCAGAGUACAGCUGUGGUUUGUUGAUUGUCAUAAAAGCAGAUGCAAGACAGUGAAAUCAACACCCCCUCCCCCCUCCCCUGUACACUCUACCGUUUCAUUUAAACCUUUAUUGAAAUUAUGAAAGAAAAUAUUUAACGUAUUAACUAAAGAUUUAUAUUCACUUUGUAAAUACAGUAGUCAUUAAUAUAUUAACUGUUCUUGUAUGAAAAAUCUUCUAAAGGUUAUAUAAAUUUGACCAGAACCAAGGCUUCAGAUGUUUUUGUUUUCUUUAAAAAAACAAACAAACAAAAAACAAACAAAAAAAACACAUUAUUAGAACUUGACUUUUGUCGAGUGGGGAGUGAAACGCAUGGUUUACUGAGACGUGAUGCAGGACAAAGGCAAGAUAGGAAAAUAAUGCUUUGUUACAUACUUUCCCUCUUUUCUGAAAUAAUGCUUUUUUUGUGGAUUUCAUCUUGAUGGACUGUUUAACGUGUAAUGUAACGAGUUUUUUUUUCCUCUUUCUUAAGGACCCCUCCUGGGAUAUACUGAAAACAAAACAUUUGUCUAAGAAAAUGCAUUUUGGAAAUUGCUAAUUACUUCUUUUUUUGUGCAUGUUUUACUGCCCCUUAUGUUUUGUGUCACCGAGCCAAUCUAUCAAUCUGUUCGUUCAAAAACGAAAAGAAGUUUCCCCUCACGUAACGCACAAACUAUUGAGAUGCUCAUAUGCAUGAACAUUGAUCAUGUGCAAGUUCUAUAUCAUUAUUGGUUUAGAGGUUUAGAAUCAGAUUAUGAAGAACAGAAAAAUGUAGCCUACAUGGUUUGGAAAUGUGUGAGAUGAGAGAGUAAAAGAAAGAGUGUGUGUGUGUGUGGGUGGGGUUAUGUUUUCUGAUUCUGAUCAUUUAUUUUUUGUCCGGAUGUAUAAACAUAACUCCAAUAUGACUUAAUUUAGUUUAAUCUAAUUUCACUUUGUUUAAUUUGCAUUUGAUACACAAGGGGGCGUUGUUUUGCUUCUUCAAACGUACACCAUAUUGAAAUAAAAAGGACUAAAUGUAAAUGUAAGGGGAGAAAAAGCCCCUGUAACACGGUUUGCUGGGCCUUUAGCAUUUUGCAGUGUUAUGAGAACUUGAAUAUGCUUUGUACAGAAAUUUUACAGGUGUGAACAGACAAGAAAACAAGGUGAAAUGUACAGAACUUCACCAUGUGGACAAAUCUAAAUACAGGAUUUACAUACGCUUUGCCUCCAAACUAUGUGGAGAAUGGUAGUAAGCAAAUCCAAGGUGACCUUUGAACUGUUGCAGGUGGUAUGCUUUGUCGUUUGGUGUGCCAUUUUCAGCCAAUACAUUUUCUAUGCCAGUGUGGGAGAAGUAGGAAGUAUGGCUGCAUUGGUGAUUGAUCACACAGAUCACUGAACACCACGUUUUAAUUUAUGCACAUCUUGCUAUAGAUGAAAAUAGAUUUAUGGCUUUGCUAAAAAGAACCUUUUAUUCCCCUCAAUGCUGUUCUGAAACAUGAAACACAGUGUUUGUGUUUGACUACGUUGCCAAUACUACAGUGUGAUCAGACUUUUGUUCUUGCAUGAAUCGAGGCACUGUUCUCCUACCUCAUGUUGUGAUAUGAAAAGAUGUUUUUUAAGCAGAAGACACUGCAUCUCUGUGUAUCAUCAUUGAUAUUUACUAGUAAAUUACAUACCUGUAAAUGCUUUUAGCUAAUACCUCAGUUGUAUCUAGUAUGUUUGUUUUCAGUUUUUUUGCCCUUCCCUGAUUUCAGAUCUUGUAAAUAUAUCCUGUAUAGACAAUGAACUUGGAUCAAAUUCAAGUAAAGUUCUGUAGUGUCAAA